CAUAUCAUUGAAAUCUUUAGGUGAACUUUGAUUCUAGUAAUAUUCGUUCGUUAAAGGAGUUGGAAGUCGCGUGUAACUAUAACCUCCCUCGUUAGUGAUAAUACGAAUGUGUGAUUGUCCGUAAUUCGGUCCGGGAUUACAUCAUAACUUAGGAAAAAUAAGAAAAGUUAGUUUUGAAUUUCACAAAUGUCUCUUUUCCCGAGGUGUUUCAAGCUUUGUCGGGUUGCUUUAGAAACUCAGAAUAUCGCCGGCAUUAAUCUGCGUCGGGUUCAGGGCAAAAAGUAUGCGGCGACCGCAACAGCUAGACAAUAUAGCAGCAAUUCCGUCUCAGAUAGCAAAAUAAAAGAUGAACAGACGUCCUCUGCCGAACCAGAAGAGAAAGAAGCUAAGGCCGACCCGCAAGUUGAAGAACUGAACAAACUUUUAGAAGACAUGACAAAACAAAAAGAUGAACUUAGUGACAAAUAUAAAAGAGCACUGGCUGAAAAUGAAAAUAUGAGAAAGAGACUGAUGAAGCAAAUAGAAGAAGCAAAGAUGUAUGGAAUACAAAGCUUCUGUAAAGAUCUUUUAGAGGUGUCUGAUGUUCUGAGCAAAGCUACUGAAUGUGUUCCAAAAGAAGAAAUUAAAGAUACAAAUCCCCAUUUAAAAAAUUUGUAUGUUGGACUUACAAUGACAGAAGCUGAAUUAAUGAAGGUUUUCAAAAGGCAUGGCCUUUCCCCUGUUAAUCCAAUCGAUGAAAAAUUUGAUCCGAAUCUCCAUGAAGCAUUAUUUCAGCAGGAAGUUGCAGGAAAAGCACCUGGGACUGUUGUUGUUGUUUCAAAAAUUGGCUACAAACUACAUGAUCGUGUUGUAAGACCUGCUUUAGUCGGUGUUGCCAAAGGAUAGUACCAACCACAUUGGGGAAAAAAUAGGGUUCCUUUUAACCACAGGAAAAUACUAGGCCAAAGGACAUUUAUACGUUUUAGGAAAAUUAAAGUAAAUAAAUCUUAUAUAAUGGUCUUGUA